GUUGCAAUCUUUCUCAUCUCACUCUCUCUCUCUCUCUGCUGUAAGCUUUUCAAUGGCCACUCGCAGCAUAACCCAGCUUCACUCUAUCAUCCAUUGAUCCUCUCUCUCUCUAGGGUUUGAGAUUCCCCAGCUGCCCUCUCCGGACAGAGGAGCUGCGCGGUCGUCUCGGAUUCGGAUCCUCCGAGCACCACCGCCGGAUCGAAUCUCAUCGUCCCGAUUCGCCUGAUCCUCCUGAUCCGUUUCAUAUCGGAGCUCAAGCUCGCAGAAUCUGUUCCAAAGACCUGAGAGCCGGGUGGCUGAUAUAGAUGGUAUGCAACGCUUGUAUAAGAAUGUCAUUGUUCAAGCUGGGCUUUUAGGAUUACUCCCUCCUCUUCGAAGACCACGAUUGGGCUGCUAUACGGCCAGAACUUUUCAUGCGGGUCUUGGGCUGACAUAUCCGUGGAGGUAUCAACUGAGUACGGGAUACAAGAUGAUGGUGGACACGGGCGCAACGGAGAAAAGAGAACCCAUCGCAGACGUGUUUAUGGCGAAAGAAGACGACGGUGGAUUUGCGAUUGCAAGUGGAGGCUGGAAAAGUGAAGAUGGAAAGUUUAGCUGGGGAUACUCGAGCUUCCGGGGGAAAAGAGUGACAAUGGAGGAUUUUUAUGAUGUUAAAACUUCUAAAAUUGACGGAGAGACGGUCUGCAUGUUUGGAAUAUUUGAUGGCCACGGUGGGUCUCGGGCUGCUGAAUACUUGAAGGAGCAUCUGUUUGAUAACCUCAUUAAGCAUCCACAGUUCAUGACAGAUGUUAAAUCAACAAUAACUGAAACCUAUCAGCAGACCGACAUGGAUUUUCUAGAAUCUGAAAGAGAUACUUGUCGUGACGAUGGUUCGACUGCAUCCACAGCAGUAUUGGUUGGCAGGCAUUUGUAUGUGGCAAAUGUUGGAGAUUCUCGUACUGUAAUAUCAAAGGCUGGCAAAGCAAUUGCACUCUCUGAAGACCAUAAACCAAACAGAAGUGAUGAGAGAAAGAGAAUUGAAAGUGCAGGAGGUGUUGUUAUGUGGGCAGGUACUUGGAGGGUAGGAGGUAUAUUAGCCAUGUCCCGUGCUUUUGGUAACCGCAUGCUGAAGCAAUUUGUUGUUGCGGAGCCCGAGAUUCAGGAGCAAGAGAUUGAUGAAGAAUUUGAAUUACUCAUACUUGCCAGUGAUGGACUGUGGGAUGUGGUGCCUAACGAGGACGCUGUUUCACUUGCCAGAGCAGAGGAAGAACCAGAGAUCGCGGCGAGGAAAUUAACUGAAGCGGCCUUUAACAGAGGCAGUGCUGACAACAUAACGUGCAUUGUCGUGAAGUUUCACCACAGCAAAACUGAGGCAGAAGAUCCUGUGGCUUCUCAAACCGGUGCGGUGCCAAACCACAGCGCUUCUGUAGAUUUGUAGAUGGGAGUCAAUUUAAUCUACUAUCGAGAUUUCACGUGUACGCAAUGCAUAAUGCUCGGGUCACGUAGGGAGACAUUUGUUUAUUUAAUUAUUAUGAUUGGUUGUGUCCCUAUUCUCGUCCUCUUCCAUACGACCCUGUCACUUUAUGCGAUGCUGAAGACUCGCCUUCUUCAAGUUGUUCGAUUGAUUCCUAAUUCGAGAGUUUAUUGCAGUGA